AGAAGUUCUAGAUGAAGGGAUCCUUCUUGGCACCUUGUGUGGUAUGCUGGCAUUCAGAGCAACAUUGGAGCCAGGGUCCUGUGAUCAAGUUAGAAGGAGGCCCCUAUUUCCAGAUGAUGCCUUGGGCCAUUGCUAUUGUUUUCAUCUUACUUCUUGGUGCCUGCUUUAUUGCAAGUAGUUUGGUGACUCAUCACAACUUUCUACACUGUAAGAGAAGCACGUCAGUGUUCAAGUUACCAGGGCAUUACAAAAAGCUGAUAUGCAUCAGAGAAAAAUCAGAACUGAAAGGUACAGAUCGCAGGGAGCAUAAGAGAAAUUUUCUCAUUUCCAUUUCCAUUCAAAUUCAUAAUCUGGUUUAA